UCUUUACAAGUUUGCUGAGGGAGAGUGUCAGACUGAAGUCUAUGUCUCCUCUCUUUCCGAUUUACUUGCUUGUUUUGCUGGACGUAUGGAGUUGUUCUGAAAGACACAAAUGGAUUGUAAGUGGGAACUGGCUACUUGUGACUACAAGGACAUUGUUCCUCCAUAUUCUGUUUGCUUAAUGAAAUAGAGCAUAGCAGAAGGCAUAACAUUAAAGGUCUCAACACCUCGAAGGAAGGGUGAUUACUAACACGGUGAAAUAAAUACCUGUCUCAGUCACUAAACCGAAACCACUCAAACUUACUCUAUAAUAAAGCUACAAUGAGUGAUUCUGAGUCAGAUGGUGAAAUUAAUGAGUAUCAACACCUUGUGCAUUCUGCACAGGAAGAAGAACAGAUUUUCCAAACACCAGAACAAGAAAGACAGUUCUGUCCUCCACUGACUUUGAAAAAUGCAACUCUGAUUUGUUGUGGGGUCGUGGCACUAAGCUUCAUUGUGGCGAUAUUGGCAUUUUUGUCUGGGAUGUCUAGGAAGACCCUGGUGGAUGUUGUAACUGAGUGUGGAGUGGUGAGGGGUUAUCACAGUAAUAUUGCAUACUCAUUCAAAGCAAUACCAUAUGCUGUGCCCCCAGUAGGAGAUUUAAGAUGGAAGCCACCACGAGGACUUAAAGAGGCCAAUUUUUGCUGGAAUGGCUCUUAUGAUGCUACUGCAUUCAGAGAUAUGUGUGCCCAGAUUCGGCCCAUGAGCUCAAUUGGAAAAGUAAUGGGUUCUGAAGACUGCUUGCACCUCAAUGUAUGGACACCCACACUGGAUAAGAUGGCAAAGUUGCCAGUCAUGGUAUAUAUUCAUGGGGGCUGCCUGCAUGUACUUAGUGGCUUUGAGAAAGGCUAUCAUCCCACAGAGGAGCUGGCCAAGGUGACAAAUACAGUCUAUGUCAGCCUGAACUAUCGUCUGAAUGCAUUUGGAUUUAUGGCAUUGGAGCUUUUAAGAAAAAAUUCAGCACAAAAUAUAUCAGGUAAUUAUGGGUUCAUGGACCAGAUAGAAGCCUUGCGUUGGGUGAAGAAUAACAUCCUUGCUUUUGGAGGGGACCCAGAAAAAGUUACCAUUUUUGGUCAAAGUUCAGGAGGCACAUCUGUCUGGACGCUGAUGAUGUCACCACUCGCCAAAGGUUUGUUCCAUCGGGCUAUUGACAUGAGUGGUUCCUACAUCUACAAUAAAUCAUUGGAAGACACAGAGAAAGACAAUCUGGUGUUUUUGAAUAAGACAGGGUGCAAGAAUUUGUCAUGUCUUUAUUCACUAACCAAAGAACAAAUCCUGCAGGCAAUCCCAUGGCAAGAAUAUCCUUACUGGGCAGUGGAAGACUUAAUGGAUAUCCCGGUGAAAGGACAGUUUGAUGGUGCAGUAGCUGUGGUAGAUGGGUAUGUGGUACCAGCUCCCCCCUUAGAGAUGUGGAAGAACAAGUCAUCAGGCUACAAUGAUGUGCCAUUUGUGAUUGGCACAACACAGCAGGAAGCUGAUUAUAGCCCCACAUUUGCCAACAUCACUUUCUGGAGCCAAAGUGACUUUGAAAUGGUUGUCAAAGAAGGGCUAGCACCUUUUGGCCAAGAUAUCAGCAAUGAUGCUCUGAGCCUGUACAACAGUGUGGAGAUCUGUACCAUGACUGAGCGCUGUUUCGAGAAAGUCUACACCACAUUGGUUUCAGACAUGAGAGUGACAUGCCCAAACAAUCACAAAGCCACAGAGGCAGCAGCUGCUUUGUCCAGUCCUGUCUAUCGUUAUGUGGUCACUUACAAUCCAUCAAAGGAGGUGAAGGAACUGGACCUGUUGUCUUUCCACAGUCGUUUUGCCUUUCACUUACUGGAUACUUAUGGGUUCUUUGGAGCCCUUGAUUAUGUACUUGGAAGUACAACUGCUUCAGACAGAAAUUUCAGCCGUCUUCUUCAGAAAUACUUCUCUAUAUUUGCCAAAACUGGCAAAAUGCCAGAUGAGUGGGGUACUUACCCACAAAAUAUUGCAUAUCUGUCAGAAUUACUUUCCAUCAAGUCUGACUACUACCCAGAUCGCUGUGCACUUUGGGAGAAAAAUGGGUUCUUUUCCUAUGCCUGGAUUAAUUGAAAUGAUGGACAACAUCUGUACUUCAGUAAUACUAAGAACUUGAAAAGGAACAGAAGGUGCUUUUCUUCCUGCUGCAUUGGUGACUGGUGUGUGUUUAGCCAAGCAAGACAUACAGAAACAGAUUUUAAAGCAGACAUAAUACACUCAAGAUACCUAAUUGACAAACUACUGCAGGUACUGUAGAAAGAACAGAGCAAGAAGACAAAAUGCCUACACUUGAUCCGGUGGGAAUUCAUUGUGAGUAGCAGUUCAAUAUACAGCCAGAUGAAAUACACUACUCUUCUAAAAUUCUGACAUUAUUUAUGUUUAUUACAUAGUGUGUAGUAUAUCUUACUGGAGAUCAAUCAUAAAUGCCCAAUUCUUACAUAUGAAAAAAAAUCUAUCAAAACAAUGUCUCUGGUUAUUUGCAUAGAUACAUACUCUGCACAUUUUAUUUAUUCUGUACUUCAGAGAUGGAGGAAAUACAUUGACAAUAACAUUUUAAAACUUGAAAUAACUGCUAUGUUAAGUUGUUCACAAAAGGAAGCUGUAAAUAAAAUAGGGAAAGAAUCAACCGUUUAUAGAAGUGCACAAGUCACAUAUAAACAUACACUGAAAUCACAUAUGAUUAAAUACAAAAUAAUAUUUGUCAGGAUGUCUAAGGAUAAACUUGGGAUACUUUGAAAAUCCUCGAGUAAGCCAUGGAUUUUGUGAAUAAAUGCAAAUUAUAUGUACAUAUUCCAUCAUGUUGUGUUUUUCUACUUGUAACAUACUCAGCCAUAUUUAAUAGGCUUUUUCUAAUUUUCUGAGGCAUGAAAUAGGUUUUGCAGCAAGAUUUCUAACAUGGGCUAAAACAUGGAAUGUCAUGGGUUUACAUCACAUGCUAAACAAAUAGUAGGUGCGUCAAGGCAGAAGAAAGGAUAGGGAGCUGGGUACUAGGGAAAAUGGUAUGGUUUCAUUAAAAUGUAUCAAACAACAAUAUAUUAUAUCAAAUGCUUCAGUUUUUGUGAGUAGUUAUGCAACUGCAAGAUUUCAGAGGCAUUGUUAUAAUUACAUGGAGUACUAUAUAGUUUGAUAAUCCAUAGAACCAGAUGGAAUGGGAUUUUAUAUAAAUAUAUAUAUAUAUAUAUAUAUAUAUAUAUAUAUAUACAUUUUUAAGCUGAUAUAAAAUUUGAGAAAAUACAGGUAGUCUCUAAUAUUAAUUAUAAAAAGAAAUUAAACAUGUGUGGCAAUGGAUAUAACUCAGCUGUAUUUAAGACUGCUAAAGUAAAAGAACACAAUGGCAAAAAGUAUGACUGAAAUUUUUGUACUAUAUAGUAAGUAAUGAAAGUGGUAGGGACAGAAGCUAAAAGUCAUUACUUCUUUGCAAAACGAGUCUUCACAACAUUGCUUACACUAAUUCUGUACAGCAGCACUGAACUGUACAAAGAUGGCGAAUGGCCUCCAUCACAUUAAUUCAUGUUAUAAAACAUUAAGGGCCUUGUUCUUUACCAGAAUGCUGUUUUUGUGAAAAGUAUGUCAAAUAUAUAUGCUGGGGAAAGAGAUUUGGGAGAAGUGUUUAAUUAAUCUGAUGUGUCUGAAGCUGGUAAAGACAAAUCAUGUUAAAGUAUGAAAGUUAAACUGUUUGUUAUUCAACAAAAAUGUUUCAUGUAUGUGGGUCCAAGAUUUAAGAAAAUAAAGACAAAUAUGCUGUAAAAGGACAAGACAAUGUAUGGAUUAUGGUACAAUGCUUGCAACAGGUAGAUGGGAUUGCAAAAAACAUCAUUUGUGUAUGCAGUUAGGUUGCAUUUAUUAAGGUUAGCAAUUUAUAUUCGUUAGGUGUGUUGGGAUACAGCUCAUAGUUCAAAUGUGAUUUAAUGUAGUUGAGGCUCUAAGAUUAACUAAGAAAACAGUCAUCUUUUAUUGCAUUAUAAAAAGACAAAAAACUAAGUAUAUGUCUGUUGGACUAAAGGGUAAUUUGGGUAUUCAUAUUCAAAAACAGCUGUCACAGACAGACUGUCAUAUUAACCAUGGCUUCUGUUUUUUAUGCUGGCCUGAAGAAUUCAUGAUCCAUGCAUAAUGACAUUUCUGUAAAAUUUUGUAACAGAAUUUGCAAAAAAAAAUAGGUAUGUAAUAAACAGUGCUACGCAAAAAAGUCUUGUCAGUUAAUGCAAACAUAUUGGCAGAAGUCUCUUCUAAUCCAUGCUGAUCCACAGAGAGGCAAAGAGGCAUUGUGUAAUCCAUUUAUUUUGCAAAAGGCAGGCGGAAUGGGAAUUUAGAUUGUAUGAGUUUAUGGAAGGUAUGUGUCACAUUUAUUUAAAAAUAUGUGAACUGUGUUUCAAAUAGAGCAACAUAUGGGCAAUAAGUAAGACAUAGCAUUUGGAGGUGACAGUUUCAUGCUACCAAAACAGUAAAUCAACUAUUCAUUUAUGUAUAUCUGAUUUUUAAUAAUUGCAGAGCAUAAAAUGAUCAAUAAAUUAUCGAUUCAAAU